CUUUUCACCUCAUCACACGUUACUCCGAAGGACUGUUUCCUUUCAUUUUCCCAAAGCCUUCUUCAUUCUUCUCCCGCACCCUGCGGUCCCGGCCACCGUUCACCGCCCAUCUCCUCGGAAUCCAUCAUGACGAAAUCAUCUCCACUCGUAUUCCUCUUCCUCCUCUCGAUUAUCUCUCUCGCCACCGCUGAGAUCAAGACGCUGAAGAUCAUUUCCGAUUCUCGACCCAUGAUUUUGUUCGAACGGUUCGGUUUCACCCGCACGGGCCGCGCCACCAUCAGCGUUUCAUCGGUUUCCGUCUCAUCCGCCAUCUCCACACCGGAACCGUCUCAGCUCGGAUUCUUCCUCCUCUCCGAAGAAUCGCUCAUCCAAGUCCUCAUCGAGCUCCAGCAGAACGAUGCGUUUUGCGUUUUGGACUCCAAUUACAUAAAUCUCCUCUUCACCUUCCGCGACCUCUCUCCGCCGCCCGCCUCCUCCUUCAAUCGCUCAUAUCCGAUUACUUUUCCCGAUGAAUACUCACUUUUCUUCGCCAAUUGCGCACCCCAAUCGAAGGUCUCCAUGGACGUCCGCACCGAGCUCUACAACCUCGACAGUCUAGGGCAGGUCAAGGACUACCUCUCCGCUGGUCUAACCCAAAUCCCAGCCCUAUACUUCAUCUUCUCGCUAAUUUAUUUCGGAUUCACGGCCUUUUGGGUCUACAUCUGCUGCGGGAACAGGGGAUCGGUGCAUAGAAUUCAUCUGUUAAUGGCGGUUCUGCUUAUCACAAAAGCCCUAAAUUUACUCUUCGCGGCUGAGGAUAAACAUUACGUCAAGGUCACGGGAACCGCCCAUGGCUGGGAUGUAUUAUUCUACAUUUUCCAGUUCAUUCGUGUGGUUUUGCUCUUCACUGUUAUCAUCUUGAUAGGUACAGGGUGGUCGUUUUUGAAGCCAUUUUUGCAGGAGAGGGAAAAGAAGGUGUUGAUGAUUGUGAUUCCUCUCCAGGUUCUGGCUAACAUAGCAUCUGUUGUGAUUGGAGAAACCGGCCCCUUUAUCAGAGAUUGGGUUACUUGGAAUCAAGUGUUUUUGAUUGUCGACAUAGUUUGUUGCUGUGCAAUCAUCUUCCCCAUAGUUUGGUCGAUUAGGUCAUUGAGAGAGACCUCAAAGACUGACGGUAAAGCAGCUAGGAACUUGGCAAAACUGACCCUUUUCAGGCAAUUCUACACUGUUGUGAUUGGGUACCUUUACUUCACAAGGUUUGUAGUCUUUGCCUUGCAGACAAUUGCUGCUUAUAAGUACCAGUGGGUUGCAAAUGCUGCAAAGGAGGUUGCCAGCUUGGCAUUCUACAUCAUCAUGUUUUACAUGUUUAGGCCUGUCGAGAAGAAUGAAUACUUUGUUAUUGACGACGAGGAUGAAGAGGCUGCGGAGAUGGCUCUUCGUAGUGAGGAAUUUGAGCUUUGAAAUUGAAACCUCACACUACACCGAUCUAUAAGUCUCAACAUAACCAUACUUAUGCACAAUGAGUUGUUAUAGACCAUAGUUCUAGUAUAUACAAGUAGCUAGAUUUGUUUUAUUAUCCUCUCAUAUUUGGGAACCUAUUUGUAGCUAAUUAAAUCAAACAGGAGUUCAGUUUUGGAUAAUGGAACUUCUUGCAGUCUGUCUGUAUGUGCUUUACUGAAGUUAUGUUAAUAAAUCUUUGAUGGCCUACGGUAGAGUUAUAUGCAUGCUUGGUUGCUUGAUUGAUUAACUUCCCACUUACUAAUCAGCUAUAAGUAUGUACUUUUCAAAAAUGUAUCAGAAGGUAGGGUUAAAAAAUAGAUGAGCAUUUUGAUAACAUAAAUUCUCUUGAACACCAGAAGAACUUAUUAGAAAACGAAAAUUAACAUUUAAAUCAAAACAACAUCAGAAUGCUGGUACUGCAAGUAAAAGACGUUAGUUCUUUCUUGAGUAAAAGCUGUUAGUAAGAAUAUCUAGCGGGGGCAAAUAUCAGGAUGGUGUCAUUGGGGAUUGAAAGGACUCAAGGAGGGGAGGGGGUAUUCUCUAUUCUGUAUGACAUGCGAUUUUCAAUUUUUGAACUUGCAUGUAUAUAAUCACAUUUUUGGAAACACAAGAAAAGAUCUUUUUUAGUAAUGUUGGUGGAAAACCCUCUACACGAGUUUCUUUAUACUUCUUUUUAAAGUUUUGAGUUUUCACAUGCACACAUUAUCAAUAGGAGCUCUACG